AGGAGCAGGAGGAGGAGGUGAUGAAGGGCGGGUGGAGCAGAGCUCGGCUUGAGCCCUCCCGGCUCCCAUCGCUGCGCUCCGCCCCGCUCCGCCCCAGCGGCACCGGCGGAGGGCAGCGGCGGAGGAGGCGGCGGCGGCCAUGGCCGAUUACUGGAAAUCUCAGCCAAAAAAGUUCUGCGAUUACUGCAAGUGCUGGAUAGCAGACAACAGACCUAGCAUAGAGUUUCAUGAAAGAGGAAAGAAUCAUAAAGAAAAUGUGGCAAAAAGAAUUAGUGAGAUUAAAAAGAAAAGCUUGGAAAAAGCAAAAGAAGAAGAAAACAUGUCAAAAGAAUUUGCAGCAAUGGAGGAGGCUGCAAUGAAAGCAUAUCAAGAGGAUUUGAAAAGGCUUGGAAUCAAGCCAGAUGAGGUAGGUCCCAGUUCAGCGCUGAGUAAAACACAGAGUAGCACAACAGAAGAUAAAGGAAAGAAAGAAAAGAAGGAAAAGAAAGAAAAGAAGGAAAAGAAGGAAAAGAAAAAAAAGACAUCUCCGGGCACCUCAGAGCCACCGAAAGUUGAAACGAAGGAGUGGGUGCAAGGACUUUCUCCCGAAGGCUACACUUACUACUACAAUACAAAAACAGGAGAAUCACAGUGGGAAAAACCUAAAGGAUUCCAAGGCAACUCUAAAAAUUCGCAAACGGGAGCAGUGUGGGUAGAAGGUGUCACUGAAGAUGGUCAUGCCUAUUACUAUAACACACAAACAGGAGUAUCCACGUGGGAAAAACCUGAUGGUUUUGUUUCAUCUUCAAAUGAGAACAGUCAACGCGGCAAGCAUUCUGAAGAGCGUGCAGAAGCAGGUUCCAAAGCAUCUGAAUCGGACUCCGAUCAGGAAGACAGUGAAAGUGAAGCACAAAGUCCAGGAAAAAAUUCCAAGAGGAAAGGAGGUCAUGAUGAAGAAUCAGAGGAAGAGAAGUCUCCCAAGGCUAAAAAGUUAAGCCCUUAUGGGAAAUGGCGGGAAGUUAAUCUGGAAGAAGAGAGUACAUCAGCUUCCAAAGGUAAUUCCAGUGACACAUCUAAGACCAACCCUUACGGAAAAUGGGAAGCAAUUAAAAAUGAAGAAGAAGAAGAAGAAGAAGAAUCAGGUGAAAAAGUGGACCUGGAGCUUCCUAGUACAGAGAGUGACAAUAUACCAGCUCCAGUGCUAGAGGUUCCAGAAGAUGCCCAGGUGAUAUUUACAGAGAAGACAGUUACCUCCCUUGGAGACCUGACAGAAGGGGUGCCAACAUUUAAAAAGAGGAAAUUUGAAAAUGGAAAAUCCAGAAACUUAAGACAAAGACUAAGUGAUCAGUAACAGAUCAUUUUAGAAUCCGUUUAGGCUUGAGAGAAUCAGAAGUUUAAUAUUCUAAACAGGCUUUUAUAAAGAAAAUGUUGGAUAGAAAAUAAGGAUUUAUAGGUAUUAAAACAUAUGUGAGUUGUACUAUUUUUUUAUUUUAUUUUGAUGUGAGUGCAUUUGGAAUGGAAGUUUGUGUUAUAUUACUUAUGCAGUAUUGUAAAUAGUUUUAACUUUUGUUUUAACCAUGCCGUCUAAGUUCAAUUUGCUCAGUGUAUGCUGUUUUAAAUACAUUUUGUCAGUUUUUUUAUCCCUUUUCUAAGUAUGGGACAAUGUGCUAAUGCUUAAUCUAAAAAAAAUGAUACAGACCUUUUAUUUUUACACAAGAACUGGAUCAGUGGCAUGUACUAGAGAGUAAAAUCAUCCCCCAAGAUAAUCUAUGUGGAGUAGUUUCCUAACUAAUGAGUAAAAGUACUGUGCUUACUAACCUUUAAUUAAUUGCUUGCAAAAUACUAGGUGAUGAGAGUUCCAACAUUUCAAGUAGAUAAACUGAAAGCUGUUUUUAGGGGAGUUAGUCACACCGGUGCUGCUCAUUUCUAAUGGUAUUGAAAAUAAAUUAAUUGUGUACAUGCAUGAUAAAUUUGUUAGAGCUCUGCAGAAGAUUUAAACCUGAUGAAUCUGAUUUUUAAUAACAGCUCUGGAGCCACCUCUGUCAAAGUAGAUUUUUCUGUGCUUUCUUCCCAAUGUAUUUUGCUUUAUUGUUGUUUCUUCUAGAAUUUUUUCUUCUUACACAUCAGGUUUUCUUUUUUUUUGGUGUUGUUUCCUUUUUGUCUCUUUCCUCAUAAAAGGCAAUUACAUGAUAUUGUCAUGAAAAAAUAUUCCAAAGAUCUAGCCCUGCUACAGCAUACAGCAUCCUUUUUGAGGCUGGUGGUUUUCCUCUGUUGGUAAGAGGAACGCGUUGAGUAGUUGCAGACAGUGUCACGUAGGCUGGGAGGGGCUAAGCAUAUCGAAGCUUCAUCAUUCCCGGUGCUACAGGAAAGUAAAAGAUGAGUGGGGCUGAUGGCUGAACUGUCCGAGCUGGCUGCUCGGGCUAUUAGAAGUUGGCAAUAUAAAUGCUUAGGCAUUUUUUUUAAGGAUUUUAAGUCUGACUUCUCAAUCUGAUGGGUUUUGUCUCCAUUUAGCAUCAUCAAGACUCAGUGGUUGCAUUAGAAGGCAGCUUUACUUCCUGCUUCUCUAGGUGUCAAAAAGAGAGCCAUAAAGUCUGAAAUCAUGAAACCAUUGAAAAACACGUCUCCAUUUCUAAAGCCCACAGUGUUUUGCUCAGGAGAGUCUCAGUCAGAGAGUGGAGUUAAGGCAGUUGUUGGAGUCCACCUACAGCAAAAUACAGCUGGUAACUGCUGAGCUUGAACUUCUGUGAGGAAAGACCUAUCUGUCAGACCAGCUGGCAAAGGAGUGGGAAUCUGGUCUAUCACGUAUUACAAGGGAGGCUGAGGUCCUUUUUUUUUUUUCUUUCUCUCUAUUGUGUGACAUUUUUUGUGUGUGUAGAAGAGUUUUGGAGUAUCAAUUUUAAUUAUUUUAAUUGUAUGUGCUUGUUUGUCAGGGUUGUGUUUCUUCUGAUGUUUGUUUUGAGACGUUUGAACACUUUCUGUCAUACCUAGCUCUGCAUAUUCAUUGGAAGAUAUAGGUGACUACUGGAUGCUCUCGGAGUCCAGGAGAUGCAGGAAUAUGUACGUUUGCUCCACAUGAAAGACCUCAUAUGCAAGGCCAGGACAGAAGUUCCCCUUCUACCAUGGAGAGGUUGACAGGUUUCUUUUUCAUAAUCACAUGAAGCACUUUCUUAAAAACCGUGCUUUACCAGCAAUUCUCUUCCUCCAUUCCAGUCUGAGGUUGCCUAAACUGUAUGUUAAGGCAGAUUAAUACCAUGUGUGAUGCUACUAAUACUUCCUUACCAUAUUGUAAAUAAUCCGUGGUACAUCCCUAAGCCACAUUUGCCUUUCACAUGACUGCAUCGUGCUGUCUGCUGCAGGUGCCCUGUGCCUUGCCAGUACAACCAGCUCUUUCUGCUCCUCGGCUAAUACCAGCUGCUGAGUUAGCAGCUGAUCAUUCCCUUCUUUCAAGAAACUGUUUUCUUAUGAUUUCGUUUUGCCCUGCUGUACUCAUCCUCCUUCUGUUCUGUACUCAUCCUCCUGCCUGAAGUAUACUUAUUUCUUUCUGAUGUAUCUGCGAAAUGACUUUAUUACUUACUAGUGCUCUUUUUCUGUGGGCUUCACUUUUAAUAUGCUCUGAAGAGGAUGUCUUCCCCUGCUUAGCGAAGUUCCCGAAACAUUGUCAUUUUCUCUUUAAAAUGUUUUGUCAUAUUGAAAUCCUCAUAGGCAGUGAUUCAAGAUACCUGUAACUAAAUUGCUUAAGCAGAUGUUUAAAAACAUCUGAAAACAGAAGUGUUCCAGGCUUGUUUCCUUGAGGAGCUGCUGUUAGUAGUAAUGUGAACCAAAGGUCUUUGCAAAGUACUGAGUUUCAUAGACAAACCAAAGCAAGUGUUUACCUUAGGGGAGAGAAUUAAACAUUUUCUUUGUUCGCCACGAGUCAAGUUGGGUUAAAUAACAUACUCUUGCUUUUGCUGAUGUGACUUUUCAAGCCCAGAUUUCACCAGAAGUGCAGCUCUCCUCUCCCCACUGCCUCUGCGGAUCAGUUUGAAGAGACCAGUUUGUUGCUGGCCCUCAAGUGUAAUAAGAGCCAGUUGAAACAAACGUGAUACUUAGAGAGUCGCUGUUUAAUUUUGCACUGUGCUGUCAUUUGAUAUCCUUAUUGCGUGUCUAAACCAAACGUUUUCUCUUGUGUACAAAAAUGCGGUCUAUGAGAAUUAAGGCAGACCCUGGUGUUCCAGGACAUCUGUUCUGCAGAGAUAGCUCUCCCUUCUGCCCUAUCUCCGUGCAAAAUCUUCUGCUUUGGAAUUUGCCAUAGGAAUCCUCUAGGUAUUAUCAUAGUUAUGCUCCUCAUCUGCUAAUCCUUCCUUGGGCUGCACUGACUCUUUACCAAGGAAUGUUCCUCUCGCUGUUUCAGAAAAGCGGUGUUUUGUUUUCUCACUAAUCCAUUUUCUAUCAUGCAGCUUGUUUUUAUCUGCUCGCAUGGUUUUUUUUGCAAGCACCUUGAGUUAGGACUACAUCCUUGGCUUUACCGCUGUCGCAGGCAUUAUUAGCAGUAGGAGAAAGGUGGGGGAGAGUAGGAGGUAGUGGGGGAGUCAUUGCAAUUUCUGAUGGUGAUUUUUGUCUGUGUCAAUUUGAGCAAGUCACUUCACUGCACUGUCUUUUUCUUGCCUCACCUUUCACCUGUCUUGUCUGUUUGGAAGGAGAGCUUCGCAGCCUGUCUUCAGUGUGUGCAUUUUGACAGUAGGGCCUGCCUGAAGCUGACGAUGCUUUUAGAAGCAGGUACGUUGCAUAGAUUAAAAGGGAAUGUAGUUGGCGUGUAAUUCAGUGUGACAGGAGCUGUGCAGGGAGCACCUGCUCGGUUCAACCCAGGUUAUAGAGUAAUCUGUUCCAAUUUAGGCCAAGCCAAAUUUUAACCCUGCACCUGGGAAUAUGCAGAAUGAAAUGCAGACUUUCCCAGUAGAGUAAAUGUUUGCUGUUGUUUGACCCGCGUAGACUCAGUCUGUGCUGCAGCACCAUUCAAACAACAAAUGCUCAGAUUGAGAGGAUGGGAGGACUAGUCCUGGCAGGGCUCUGAGUUAAAUUCAUUACCUGUGCAUCUAUAAAAGUGUUUCUCCUUCCCCUCUCUGAAAAUAAUGUAAUUCCAGUGCAUAUUUUGGCACCUCAGAAGGGGAGUAAAAAACCAUUUAAUGCUGCCUGGCUUCCUUAAUUUGCUUUUUUGAGUUGCGCCUUCCCCUCCUCGUACUUUUUUAUCAUUACCGGUGUCUUCCGCAAGCCGUCUUCCUCCAGUAUCCCUAUAUAUGCAAAUCUCCGUCUCACCGCUGUGCCGUGCUGUUAGCAUACACCUUCCCCUCGUCCCUGCUGAGCUCUCCAGAAGGUUUGGUGUUCUCCUGUGUAGGCCGCCGUGUCUCCACCUCCCAGCUUCAGCAGGGUGCUGCCUCCGCCUGCUCGCCUCAUGCCCUGGAGAAGCACAGCCGCAGCUAUUUUGACUGUUUGUGCUCUUUUGGUUUUCUGGAGAGUUUAUUUUCCUGAAACAGAUUUCAUUCCGUUCCUCACAGGGCGCUCGCGGCCCUUAACUCCUUGCACUUGCUGCUUCAAAAGCCGUCCGUGUCCCUUCGGCUGUCUGCUGCUGCAGUCCUUCGGUUGUUGUGUCAGCCCCAUCUUUUCGGUCUCUUGUAUCUACCUCUCGGGUCCUCUUACCUUCUACCUGCUCCUUAACAUAGGGAUUGUGUUAGCCAUUUGUGUGGUUAACGAGUCUGGCUUUGUGAAAUGUUUUGGGAUAUAGCUCGAAUAAAAGUUUCCAUACAAAAAAUAAUAAAAAAAAAAACGUCGCAAAUAAUCUGAAAGAGGCUGAAUUUGCCCAAGAGGAUUCCUGGAGAACGUCAACGAACACAGGUUCAAUUUUACGUGUGCAUGUAGAAACAGACUGCGUUAAAAACCAGCAGGCAGCGUUAUGCAGAGCCCGUGCUAAAGACUGGAUUUUGGUCACUUGCUUUACCAAAGGUGCAGUGUGGAAGGAACCGUGGAGUUGUUCGAAAGCAUUUGUUUUACUUUGUAAGUGUUGUCUGCAAAAUCAAACAGCUGUUUUCUCAAACAACUUCUCAGUCGCAAAGACAGAAUAUGGCAAGCUCUUGCAGUGGAGUUUAUAUGAAAAUACCAAAUAAAGCUUUCAUUUGAAUGAUCUCCGUUGCUGCUGUUCAUGUUUUCAAGGGGUUUCGGGCAACCUGAGAGAAUUAUGGGUGCAGAUGGUGUUAAAAGUGGGAGCUGGGGUAAAUAUAAACCCAAAUAGGUAUGUUAAUAUGGAAGUGCUUGUUAAAGGAAGUAUUUCUUUAGUUUGUGGUCACCCAUGUAGUGCCUGGGUGCUUUCCAGUAGGGUGUUAAAUUGUUUCUGGAAAUUGCUUUUUUCAGUGCAUCAAUUAUAAGUAACAAAUGACCUGGGUUAAAAUUGUUAAUUUUUAAAUUCCUAACAGAAUACAGCCCGGGUUUGCUGUGGUUACUGUUUAGCAACAUUCGGGCUCUAUCUGAAUAGGUAAACUUCUGAUGGUAACAGAUUGUUACUCAGUAGCCUUCCUAUUUGUUGGUCUUAAGAACGAGAAGCAAUUAAAGACCCGCACUUUUGAAAGGUGGGAAAUGAGUGUAAAUUAUUCGGUAACACUUCUU